AUGACAAAUUUAUCGGCAACUUCUUCAUGUGUUCUUAAAGAAGAAAUCAGACGUCUUAUUACUCUCUGUUCACAUAUAUCGCAAGUCACUUCUCGUAUACAACUUCGACAUCUUUCAAAUAUUUCUUUAGGUGCGGAGUAUAUAAAAUGCUCUCAUCAGGAAUUAUUAUCAAUGGCUGAAAAUAUCGAAGGUUCCGCAAUUUUACUUGAAUCCCUAUUAGCUACUGAAAAACGAAACUCAGCUUCUUUUCAAACAAAACUAUCGAGAUAUCAUUACAAUCGAGACGAAUUAAUAAUGUUACGUCAGCGUGUGACACCAAGUUUAUCUAUUCAGAUAAAAAAUUUAUUAGAUCAAGUUGUUGAACGUGAAUGUAAUCCUUCAAAUAGACAGGACAGAUAUUUUCCGAGAAAUAUUAGAACGAUAUUAAUUUAA